AUGGGUUUUCUAGAUCACCAGCAUCAGCAAGCCCAGCAUUCUAGGGCGGAAGAAAGGCGCGAGCCCCCAAGAGAAGAGGAGUCUUAUCGACGGGAUGAGAAUCCGCAGAGGCCGGGACAAGAUGAUGGUCAUGGCGAGGCGGCCGAGUCUCUUGACUUGUCGUUUGUGCAACAGCGGCAGGAAAGAAGAUUGCAGCAGUUAGAGGAGGAGAUGGCCGCCCUAAAGCCGAAGACCGGAGAAGCUCAGGGACCAAGGAUAAAUCAGCCCCUUAGCCUAGAGAUCAUGGCGGCCAUACCACCGGAGCGUCUCCGUAUCCCAGCCAUUAAGCCUUACGCAGGGACCUCUGACCCGAUGGAUCACUUUGAUCUCUUUACCUCGCAUAUGAUGGUACAGGACGCCUCAGACGCGAUGUGGUGUAGGGUUUUCUUGGCCACCUUGGAGGGGCAUGCACGGGCUUGGUAUUCAAAUCUGGCUCAUCAUUCCAUCGUAAGUUUUGCGCAACUCCGAGGCAGCUUUCUGGCGCAUUUUGCACCUCUUAAAAGACACCGAAGGUCUACCAUGGCCUUGGUAAGUAUGAAGCAGAACCAAGGAGAGCCCUUGAAGGAUUUCGUUUCACGAUUUAAUAUGGAAGCCUUGAGCAUUGAGAACUUUGACCACAGCUUAGCUAUGGUGGCAUUCCAGAACGCCCUGAGGCCCGGCCCUUUCGCCCAAUCAUUAGCCAAAACGCCUCCGAAAAUCCUGGCUACUAUUGAGGGAAAAGACUAUUUGAAAAAGCCUCGGCCGAUGAAGGCACCAUCCGACAAAAGGAACAGAAGUAAAUAUUGCCGAUUUCAUCGAGAUCAUGGUCAUGACACUGAGAAAUGUCACCAAUUAAAGGAGGAGAUUCAGGAACUUAUCAAUCGGGAUUUCCUGAGGAGCUACGUGGCUAAAACAGGUGAUUCUCGGGGAAGAAAGGAUCGACGGUCGCGAUCGAGAAGCCCCCCCAAGAGGGACUGCACGGAGGAUCGAAAUCGGGCCCAGCAGGAGAGAUCACAUCGAAGAGAAGACGAUCAUCCUCAGCCUCUGAUAUUCCAUACACUCGCAGCCGGGGAGGUUCCAGUCAUGGAGGAUGAAAAAAGUAGUGCGGUCCGGCUGAAAAGAUCGAGGAAUGUGGAUCCAAUCUCUUUUUCAGAUAGCGACCUCUUGGGAUACCCGACUCAAAAUGACCCACUGGUGAUAACAGCUGAACUCGGGAAGUGGGAACUUCGGCGGAUCCUCGUGGAUCCAGGAAACUCUUCAGAAAUCUUGUAUCGGCAAGUCUUAUUAGGCAUGGGGUAUGAAAUGACACAGUUGAGGGCAGCGAGGGUCCCUUUGGUGGGAUUUGAUGGUGAAGCCGUAUACUCAGAAGGGAUCAUUCAGCUCCCAUUGACAGUAGGGAGAGGUUCCCGCACUUCUCGAGUUAUGCUAGACAUCCUGGUAGUAGACGUACCUUCGGCUUACAACAUGAUUCUAGGAAGAUCUGGUCUCAAUGCCCUCCGAGCCAUUCCAAGCACAUAUCAUAUGAUGAUGAAGUUUCCCACAAAUAGAGGGAUAGGCGAAGUGCGGGGAGAUUUGCGCUUAGCCUGUGAAUGUUACAUGGCCUCUAUAGGCAUUGCGAAGAGUAAAGAAGCAGGGUCGCAGAAGGACGCUGACCCCCCGAAGGAGGUCAGUUUUUUACUAGAAGGACCCGAAGAUCCCAAAACAGCAGAGCCGGUGGAUGAAUUGAAAGAAGUACCUCUGGAAAAGGAUUGCCCAAGCCGAUGCGUAAGAGUGAGUAUGGAGUUAAAGGACCCGCUAAGGAGUCAAAUAAUAUCACUCCUUAGACAGUAUGCGGAUAUCUUCGCGUGGACAACCCGGAACAUGCCAGGAGUAAAUCCAGAAGUAAUGACACAUAGGCUGAGGGUCCGAUCAGGUUUUCAGCAUGUCAGGCAGAAGAAGCGAAGCUUCGCCCCAGAUAGAGCUCGGGCAAUCGAGGAGGAGAUUGCAAAGUUAGCAUAA